GAUAUCCACGCAUAUUUUGCAAUUAUCCACUCUAAAGCUCAUACGUUUAUUUUCUCGUCCAAAUAACUUCCCACUCCAAAUAACUUCCCACAAAAAAACAACAAACAUAAAAUCUAUUCGUUGAUCCUCCUUCGUAAACUCCCAUGGUAGCAUGUCUCUGCACGUGUCACAUGGCAUUCUCAGUCGACAUGAGUCUUCCUCCUUCGCCGGUCACCGCCGUGAUCUCACCUUCGUAUCUUUGUUUCUUCAAGCCUCCUCGGUCCUUUUGCAGUGGCACAGUCUUCAGUUUUGAGUUUCAGAGGAAAGAGAGGCCGAUGAGACAGCUCAAGUUCGUUAUCAGUGCGGAGCUUUCCAACUCCUUCUCGUUAAAUUUCGGAUUGGAUUCUCAGAAUUUGAAUUCCUUUCAUUCACAUGAUCCAUCACAGUUGCGUUGGAUGGGACCAAUGCCUGGUGAUAUUGCUGAAGUAGAGGCGUACUGUAGGAUCUUUAGAACUUCUGAAAGGCUUCAUUCAGCAUUAAUGGAUGCAUUAUGCAACCCAAUGACUGGUGAAUGUAGUGUCUCAUAUGAGGUUCCAUCUGAGGAGAAACCUCAACUGGAAGAUAAAUUAGUCUCUGUCCUUGGAUGCAUGGUUUCACUUGUGAACAAAGCCAGGGAAGAUAUUCUUUCUGGUAGAUCCUCAAUUAUGAAUGCCUUUCGUGUUGCAGAAGUAAGCAUAAUGGAGGAUGAGCUUCCCCCACUUGCCAUUUUUAGGAGUGAGAUGAAAAGGUGUUGUGAGAGCUUGCAUGUAGCUCUUGAGAAUUAUUUGACACCUGAUGAUAAUCGAAGCUUGGAUGUAUGGAGGAAACUCCAGCGACUAAAGAAUGUUUGCUAUGAUUCUGGUUUUCCCCGUGGGGACAAUCAUCCUUGCCAUACACUUUUUGCAAAUUGGAGUCCUGUUUAUUUAUCCACUUUGCAAGAGGACACAAAGUUUAACUCUGAGGCAGCUUUUUGGACGGGUGGUCAGGUAACAGAAGAAGGCCUGAAGUGGUUACUGGAUCAAGGAUAUAAAACUAUUAUAGAUCUCAGAGCGGAGACUGUCAAUGAUAACUUCUAUCAAGCAGCUAUUCAUGAUGCUAUUGCAUCUGGGAAAAUUGAAGUGGUUAAAAUUCCAGUAGAAGUUAAGACUGCACCUACAAUGGAUCAGGUUGUCAGGUUUGCAUCUUAUAUUUCAGACUACAGCAAAAGGCCUAUCUAUCUUCACAGCAAGGAAGGAGUUUGGAGAACAUCUGCCAUGGUCUCCAGGUGGAAGCAGCACAUGACUCGCUCUGCAUCUCAGGCUGAUGAUAAGUUGUCACACCACACAAAUGGAUAUGGAAAGCUGCAGGACUCUUUGAUGAGUGCAGAGAGAUCCUCUCUGGACAAGGAUAUUGAUUCAUUAUCAGAGAAUUUGGGUGUAACAUGUGAUAGAAGUACCUCCCCAGAGAAUGAUAUUGAUGACCAAAACAUGCAAAAUAGUUGGACCUUUAGUCAAUCCACUAAUAACUACAGCAUUUUGUCAGAAGCCACAAUUGCAGCUAAAGGAGAGGAAUCAUUUCCAGGAUUGUCCAACAAGAUUAAUCCUUUCAAAGCUCAGAUUCCUCCUCGUGAUGUCUUUUCUAAAAAGGAGAUGUCCAGCUUUUUGAGAAGUGGGAAGAUCUCACCGCACUUAUUUUUUAAUUAUAAGAUUAAAAGAUUGGAAUGCUUGCCAGAUUCAAGGAACGUGUAUAUUGGCAGGUUUCAUGGGGGUGUGAUCAUCAGCAAUGGUUAUAAUCAUGUACCCAAAAUUGUGGAUCUAAUAAGUUCCCAAGGGUCAGCUCUUCCACAGAUUAAAGUCACUGACAAUUCUAAGUCAGUGAAUGGAAGUACUUCUAAUGAUGUUAAGAGCAAGAUAAAUGGAUUUAGUGAAGGAAAUAUGUAUUCCAUGCCGACUUCCAAUGUCUCUACUAUUGUGAAUAGACGCUCUGAUGAUGUCACAAAUAAAUCUCCAAGGGGUGGAGAUGGUAAAGGUGACUCUGGAAUAGACUUACACAAUGAAGACUCAGGACCUGUUGAAGGGAAUAUGUGUGCAUCUUCAACGGGUGUUGUGAGGUUGCAGUCAAGAAAGAAAGCAGAGAUGUUCCUAGUACGAACUGAUGGAUUUUCUUGUACCAGAGAAAAAGUGACUGAAUCUUCUUUAGCUUUCUCUCAUCCAAGCACCCAGCAACAGAUGCUUAUGUGGAAAUCUGUGCCAAAGACUGUAUUACUGUUGAAAAAGAUGGGGGAAGAACUGAUGGAAGAAGCUAAACAGGUUGCUUCUUUUUUAUAUUACCAAGAGAAAAUGAACGUUCUCGUGGAACCUGAUGUACAUGAUCUAUUUGCUAGGAUUCCAGGGUUUGGAUUUGUUCAGACCUUCUACAGUCAUGAUACCAGUGAUCUGCACGAGAAAGUAGAUUUUGUAGCAUGCUUGGGUGGAGAUGGUGUUAUACUGCAUGCUUCAAAUAUAUUCAGGGAUGCUGUUCCCCCUGUUGUAUCAUUUAACCUUGGCUCCCUUGGUUUUCUGACUUCUCAUCAUUUUGAAGACUACAAGCAGGACUUACGUCAAGUAAUCCAUGGAAAUACCACACGAGAUGGGGUAUACAUCACUCUCAGAAUGCGUCUCCGAUGUGAACUUUUUCGUAAGGAUAACACAGUGCCUGGGAAAGUAUUUGAUGUCCUUAAUGAGGUUGUUGUUGAUCGGGGAUCUAACCCUUACCUUUCAAAGAUAGAAUGUUAUGAACAUGGUAGACUUAUAACCAAGGUACAAGGUGAUGGAGUCAUUGUAGCUACCCCAACGGGAAGUACAGCCUAUUCUACAGCUGCUGGAGGUUCCAUGGUACAUCCAAAUGUUCCUUGCAUGCUAUUUACCCCAAUCUGUCCACAUUCACUCUCAUUCAGACCAGUUAUACUUCCAGAUUCUGCUCAAUUGGAAUUAAAGAUUCCAGAAGAUGCAAGAAGCAAUGCAUGGGUUUCAUUUGAUGGGAAGAGAAGGCAGCAGCUUUCGAGAGGAGAUUCUGUUCGAAUAUCUAUGAGUCAGCAUCCACUUCCCACUGUAAACAAAUUUGACCAAACGGGUGAUUGGUUUCGUAGCUUGAUUCGCUGUCUGAAUUGGAACGAAAGGCUUGAUCAGAAGGCUUUAUAAAGUAUGUGAGCGUGAAAAACACUUGAGUAUUAUUCUCCAGAGAAGACAGGACCCGUGUAACUAUUGUACAGAUUAUACAUACAUCUAGAUUACAGAACUCAAGAGUUAGCUGAUAGUACCAGUUUCUUACAUUGGCUUCCCAUGUAAAGAUAGGAUUUGCCAAUUGCUUUUCCACGUUAUCUUGACAAGAUGCUGUUGUAUAGUUACAAUAUUUUAAGCACUGAUAUGUUUUUCUUAGGAGGAUAAGGGUACAUCUGAAAGUCAAACAUUGUCCGCUAGAUUGGUCUUUCCCUAUAAAAUCUUUUUUGGAAGCAGGAAAUUCUGUGACUGAAAAGUUUAACUUCCUGCAGCACAAUACAGGGAAGCAGAUGAUUCUUAUGGUUUGUUCCUAGUUGACUGAAUUAUUUCAAACUUCGUCAUGUACCAUUUCCCUGUCAAGUAUUUAAGACUUAUUACUGUA